AUGAUAAAGAAUCUUGGUAGAUUUAAGCAGUGGACAGGAGAAAAGUUUGGAGGUGCCAAAGUGACCUUACAGACAGAAGACUUUCAACGACUUCAACAGGAAACAGAGAAUAGAAGAGAAGGAUACGAGUACAUUGUGGCAGCAUGUGAAAUACUCUACAAAUAUCUCUUAAAGAGAAAACCAUCACCGGAAGAUAAUAAGAGUAAAAUGAUGCCCUUUGAAGUACUUGGUACAUGCUUAUAUCACUAUGGUACUGUAUUUCCUGAAGACUCUGCUCUAGGCAUUGCUUUGAUCCACCUGGGACAAACCGAAACACGUAUAGCGGCCCUUCAAGAAGCAUUGGCAAAUGAACUAAAAACUGGGUAUAUGUCAGUAAUAGAAAGUGGAUUACACGAAUAUAAAGAUUAUGAUGCGCUUAGAAGAAAGCUAGAAUUGAAAAGACUCGACUAUGAUUCCAAGCUGAAUAGAUUACAUAAAGCAAAGAAAGAGAAACCAGAAUUAGAACAAGAAAUGCAAGCAGCUAGAAUGAAAUAUGAAGAAACAGAACAUGACAUUAUACAAAAAAUGGCCUAUCUUCAAGAAUUUGAGAAUGAACAUAGAGAUGCACUGUUCAAUCUUAUAGAAGCACAGUGUAAUUUUCAUAAUCAAGCCAAAGAACUAUUAGAGCAUAUCAAGCAUAAUUGGGGACAAGGUUCAGCUUCUGAUCCAAGAGAGGUCAUGGGUAAAGUCAUGAUGGUGAGAGAUAAUAGUCCUAUGACACAAAAUGCAAUCCCUAAAUCUGAAAAGUAUAGAAAAGCUUCAUUUGAUUUUAAUGGUCAAAAUGACGAUGAAAUAUCAUUUAAAGCAGGAGAUUUAAUUACAGUGAUUGAUGAGAUCGAUAAAGGUUGGUGGGUUGGUGAAGCUCAUGGUAAGAGAGGCAUCUUUCCUGUCAACUAUACAGAAGAAUAUGAUGUGAUCCCAAGUUCAGUCUCUACUCAUCACAGUAAUAGCAGCAAUGAAUCCUUACCUCCUCCUUCUCUACAAUCUAGACGAAGCUCAAAUGCUAAAAGACCGCCACCUCCACCACCUGUUACAUCCACAUCAUCUACUCAUAACAACACACACCAUCAACACAGUUCAUCACUUACUCGUUUACCAAGUCUUCAUCAAGCAUCUAAUUCAUUUCCUACACCAGUAACACAGACUAAUUCCUCACCAGAAAUCAUCAAACAUGCAUCUAUGCCUCCACCCCCACCUAGUGUAGCAAGAAAUCGUUCAACUGCUAUACGACCCCCACCUCCUCCACCUCCCAUCCGAUCGAGUACGAUAGACAGAUCUCCUCAUCGCGUUGUUCUUGAUCAAUAA